GAAAACAGUGUUAUUUCUUGGGCACCCUGCACACGGUCACACUCAUCGAUAGUCGCAAGAGCAAUCGAUGAUUCUGCACCACUAGUAAAAAUUGCUGAGAAAAACGAAAACGCGAAAAAUGAAAACGCAAUACAGAAAAUCAAAAUUGAAGUGAAACCAAGUGCGAAAACGAAGGAGCUAAAGAUUGCGUGCUCACAACUCCCGCGAGGACGACAACUACUGCUAACAACUAACGGUCAUAAAAGUCGAAAGCAACGCAGCUCGAGGAGAAGGAGCUAGCCACGCCCCCUGCUGCAGCCCCCGCUUAGGGAGCCCCGCCCACCCGCAUCUCCAUCCUGCUCCAUCUAAAUAGAGAUUCAAAAACAACACCCGCUGCAUCCACAUCCGCGAUGGCUAGUGAUAAGAUCAAAGUCGCCGUAAGGGUGCGACCCUUCAAUCGCCGAGAAAUCGAACUAGAUACGAAAUGUAUCGUGGAAAUGGAAAAACAGCAGACGAUACUGCAGAAUCCGCCACCACUGGAAAAAAUAGAGAGAAAACAACCAAAGACAUUCGCAUUCGAUCACUGCUUUUACUCAUUGAACCCCGAGGACGAGAACUUUGCGUCCCAGGAGACAGUGUUCGAUUGCGUGGGACGUGGAAUUCUGGAUAAUGCAUUCCAGGGCUAUAAUGCGUGCAUAUUCGCUUACGGCCAGACAGGUUCUGGCAAGUCCUACACGAUGAUGGGCACCCAGGAGAGCAAGGGCAUCAUUCCACGUCUGUGUGACCAACUCUUCUCGGCCAUAGCAAACAAAUCGACACCCGAGCUUAUGUACAAGGUGGAGGUGUCCUACAUGGAGAUCUAUAACGAGAAGGUCCACGAUCUGCUCGAUCCCAAGCCGAACAAACAGUCGCUUAAGGUACGCGAGCAUAAUGUAAUGGGCCCGUAUGUGGACGGACUGUCGCAGCUGGCUGUGACAUCCUAUCAGGACAUCGACAACCUCAUGACCGAAGGCAACAAGUCACGAACGGUGGCUGCCACCAAUAUGAACGCCGAGUCGUCGCGCUCCCACGCCGUCUUCUCAGUGGUCCUCACUCAGAUACUCACGGAUCAGGCGACGGGAGUGAGUGGCGAGAAGGUGUCCCGCAUGUCCCUGGUGGAUUUGGCUGGCUCCGAGCGGGCUGUGAAAACGGGAGCUGUUGGCGAUCGUCUGAAGGAAGGCUCCAACAUCAACAAAUCUCUGACCACACUUGGCCUGGUCAUCUCCAAGUUGGCCGAUCAAUCCAAUGGCAAGAAGAGUGGUAACGACAAAUUCGUUCCAUAUCGCGAUUCCGUGCUCACCUGGCUGCUGAAAGACAAUUUGGGUGGCAACUCCAGGACUGUUAUGGUAGCGACAAUCUCGCCGUCGGCAGAUAACUACGAGGAGACGCUUUCCACGCUGCGUUAUGCAGAUCGAGCCAAGCGCAUUGUCAACCAUGCUGUUGUUAACGAAGAUCCCAAUGCCCGCAUCAUUCGUGAGCUGCGGCACGAGGUGGAGACCCUUAGAAGUAUGCUGAAACAUGCCACCGGUUCACCAGUGGGCGAUGUCCAGGAUAAGCUGGCUGAGAGCGAGAACCUAAUGAAACAGAUUUCGCAGACUUGGGAGGAGAAACUUGUUAAGACAGAACGCAUUCAGAACGAACGGCAGCAGGCUCUAGAGAAAAUGGGUAUUAGUGUACAGGCCAGUGGCAUCAAGGUAGAGAAGAACAAGUACUACUUGGUCAAUUUAAAUGCCGAUCCGUCCCUUAACGAGCUGCUGGUUUACUAUCUGAAGGAUCGCACACUGAUUGGUGGACGCAGUAUCAGUGGCCAGCAGCCGGAUAUACAACUUUCCGGUCUCGGAAUCCAGCCCGAGCACUGUGUGAUCACUAUCGAGGAUAGUGGACUGUACAUGGAGCCAGUGCAGGGAGCGCGCUGCUUUGUAAACGGAUCUGCUGCUGUCGAAAAGACACCACUCCAGAACGGCGACCGUAUCCUGUGGGGCAACCACCACUUUUUCCGUGUCAACUCGCCGAAGAGCAAUAACACUAGUAUGUGCGCCUCGGAGCCCCAGACGCCGGCGCAACUGAUUGAUUACAAUUUCGCACGCGAUGAGAUUAUGCAGAACGAACUGAGCAACGACCCUAUCCAGACGGCCAUUGCUCGGCUGGAACGUCAGCACGAGGAAGAUAAGCAGGUGGCGCUCGAAAAGCAACGGCAGGAGUACGAGCGUCAGUUCCAGCAGCUACGCAAUAUUCUGUCGCCUAGUACACCAUACGCACCUUAUGCUCCUUACGAUCCACUGCGCAUGGGAAAGAUAACCCCAAAUACUCCUACUUCGCAGAUGCGAGUGGAAAAGUGGGCCCAGGAACGAGAUGAGAUGUUUCGUCGCAGUUUGGGUCAGCUAAAAACGGAUAUUAUGCGUGCGAAUUCCCUGGUCCAGGAGGCCAACUUUCUGGCUGAGGAGAUGGAGAAGAAGACCAAGUUUUCAGUCACUCUGCAGAUUCCGCCAGCCAAUCUGAGCCCUAACAGAAGGCGUGGGGCAUUUGUCAGCGAACCCGCCAUUCUGGUGAAGCGCACAAACUCCGGUAGCCAGAUCUGGACGAUGGAGAAGCUGGAAAACAAGCUGAUAGACAUGCGCGAGAUGUACCAGGAGCACAAGGAGCGCGUUCUGAACGGACUGCCCCUUAUAGAGCCAUUCUCAGAAGACGAGUUUGAUGACAAGGACGAGGAUAAUGCCAAGCCACAGGAUCCAUUUUACGAGUCGCAAGAGAACCACAAUCUCAUUGGCGUGGCGAAUAUAUUCCUGGAGGUUCUGUUUCAUGACGUCAAGCUGGACUACCACACGCCUAUCAUCAGCCAGCAAGGCGAGGUAGCGGGACGGCUUCAGGUGGAGAUCGAGCGGAUUGCCGGCCAGAUGCCACAGGACCGCAUGUGCGAGUCAGUCUCAGAAUCCUCUGGCGAUUCACGGGAUGAGUACGAUGACCCUGUGGAUCCCACAUCCAAUCAGAUUACCUGCCGUGUGACGAUCAAGUGCGCCAGUGGACUGCCAUUGUCGCUCUCCAACUUUGUUUUUUGCCAGUACACUUUUUGGGGUCACCAAGAGAUGGUUGUUCCGGUUAUCAAUGCUGAAUCAACGGCGCACGACCAGAACAUGGUGUUUAAGUUUGAACACACCCAGGACUUCACGGUUACCAUAAACGAAGAGUUUUUGGAGCACUGCAUAGAAGGAGCUCUGUCCAUUGAGGUGUGGGGCCAUCGCAGUGCCGGCUUCUCCAAGACAAAGGGCUGGGAAGUGGAACAGCAGCAAGCCAAGGCCCGUUCCCUGGUCGAUCGCUGGGCGGAACUCUCGCGGAAGAUCGAGCUUUGGGUGGAGAUUCACGAGCUUAAUGACAACGGCGAGUAUUCGCCAGUGGAGGUUACCAAUCGUAACGAGGUCUUGACCGGUGGCAUUUACCAGUUACGUCAGGGUCAGCAGCGACGGGUGAAUGUACGGGUGAAGCCGGUGCAGAACUCUGGCACCUUGCCCAUUAUCUGCCAGUCGAUUGUGAACGUUGCCAUUGGCAGUGUGACAGUGCGAUCUCGGCUGCAGCGACCACUGGAUUCUUACCAGGAGGAAGAUCUCACCGUGCUGCGCGAGAAGUGGAGCGAAGCACUGGGACGAAGGCGUCAAUACCUUGACCAACAAAUCCAGAUGCUUAUAAAGAAGGAGGAGAAGAACGAACAGGAGCGCGAGAGGGAGCUAAGCUUGGUUCAUCAGUGGGUCUCGUUGACGGAGGAGCGGAACGCUGUGUUGGUGCCAGCUCCUGGCUCGGGCAUUCCGGGAGCUCCUGCCUCAUGGGAGCCACCGUCCGGAAUGGAGCCACAUGUGCCCGUCCUCUUCCUCAACCUGAACGGUGACGAUCUGUCGGCACAAAACACCAACGACGAGCUCUCCAUCGCCGGCAUCAAUUCCAUUCUGUCCAAGGAGCAUGGACAUAAGUUCUACACGCUGCAAAUUCUACAGCACCUAGAUAAGGAUGUGUGCUGUGUGGCCAGCUGGGACUCUUCGAUGCACGACAGUCAGGCCCUGAACCGUGUCACAGAGGCCAAUGAGCGUGUCUAUCUUAUUCUGCGCACCACGGUACGCCUCUCGCACCCAGCACCUAUGGAUCUCGUGCUCCGCAAGCGACUAAGCAUAAACAUCAAGAAGGGACAGACGCUAACCGACCGCCUGAAGAAAUUCCGACUUGUGCGGGGAGAGAACGCCAUCUGGCAGAGCGGCGUCACCUAUGAGGUGGUCUCUAACAUUCCAAAGGCCUCCGAGGAGUUGGAGGACCGCGAGUCCCUUGCGCAGUUGGCUGCCAGCGGAGAUGAUUGCUCCGCAAGUGACGGCGAAACCUACAUAGAGAAAUAUACGCGCGGUGUUUCGGCGGUGGAGAGCAUUCUGACUCUGGAUCGACUGCGGCAGAAUGUGGCGGUCAAGGAGCUGGAAACGGCUCAUGGACAGCCGCUCAGCAUGCGCAAGACCGUCAGCGUGCCGAACUUCUCACAGGCGGUCAAAGACACCACCAAUACCGGGAGUAUUAUGCGCUUCGAUGCAUCGAUGGAGUCGCUGCUGAAUGUGGGACGAUCCGAGUCCUUUGCCGAUCUCAAUAACAGCGCUUUGGGCAACAAGUUUACUCCAGCAGGCCAUAGUCCAGCAGGAGCUGGCGGAGUCAUCCGAAGUCGCCACAGCUUUGGAGGCAAAGGAAGCAGCGAUGAUUCUCCCGGAAAAGCCUUUGGCAUUGGCUCAAUAUCUCUGCUGUCAGGUAAAGGCCAAACUUAUGCCCCAAUCAAAUCCGAAGCGCGUCCAACAUUUUUGAAUCUCAAUUUGAACUUGAACACUUUGAGAAUUGCGCCAACGAAACCUUCGCCAGCUACUAGUAAGCUGCUGGGCAUGCGCAUGACCACGUUGCACGAGGAGCCACUGGGUGGACACAGAUCUCUCGACGAAGAGCCUGAGGACAGCUACAGCGACUCGGAAUAUGCUGCCGAAUACGAACAGGAGCGGCAGCAAAACAAAAGCUUGGCCACGCGAUCCCGCCUCACGGCUUCCAAGACCAUGGACUCAUUCAUGGACGUCAGCAGCCAUUCGAACCAGAGCUACUUGAGCUACACGUCCAGUGCUAACGCUAACAUGAAGCACCUGACCGGCCUGGCGACGCUGAGCAUGAGCUCAUCCACCAGCAGUGGCUACGGUUCCCAGGCAGUCUCCUGCAAUAAUCUUAGCAGCGAGGAUAUUGCUUCAAUGCGUUCCAUGAGCAUUGAUGAGACACCAGAUUUCGACCGAGUCAACUCGAAUUCGCCACCGAACCGGCAGGCACGAGUUAACCCCUUCCUCAAGGACAUGCCCAAAGCUAAAAUACAAGAGCAACCGGAGCCGCAGGCUAAGAAACUGCAGGAAGCAUUCACGCAUCCGUUGGAGCAGCUGGAGUCCAGGGAAAACGCACAAAGCGACGAUGAUGAAUGCGCGCAACUGCCAAAGAAUAAUAACAACAACGAGGACUUGGUAAACGAGCCGAAGCAACUUUCAGGUCAAACGGAGCUGGAGGAAGCUAUGUCGCAACCUGAAUCACAAACGGAGUUUGCCACAGACAAUCAGAACGGCAACAGGUUAUCCGACGAGUUAAGCCACAGUUCCGAGGAUCUGCUGGAAGGCGAUGGCAUCGUCCGGGAAGAGUUGCCCGCUGGAAAGGUGGUGCGGCGAAAGAAGUCCAACACGCAGCCCCCGAGCAAUGGCAACAUCGCAAAUAACAAUAACAACAGCACAAGCCAGGCACCGCGCAUCAAUCAUCGGGCAUCGGUGGCCAAAAUGGAGGGUCUGGCCGCAUAUUUGGACUCUAGCAUUAUGACUAGCAGCACAGAAGUUGAUGAGGAGAGCAAGGAUGUGGAAUUGGUUCUGCCCGAGUGGAUUGUGGUUGGCGAGUCAGUGUUAAUUCGACCCUAUAACACCAGCGGCGUCAUUCGCUUUGUGGGCACCACGGAAUUCCAACCCGGUGCCUGGAUUGGCGUUGAAUUGGACACACCAACGGGCAAAAACGACGGCAGCGUGAAGGGCGUUCAGUAUUUCCAGUGCAAGCCCAAGCACGGCAUGUUUGUGCGCUCCGACAAGCUGAUGCUGGACAAGCGUGGCAAGGCGAUGCGAGCCUACAAGGCCGCCGAGAAGAGCAACAGCAUCAGCAAAGAGAUGAGUACCUCGAUGACUGGCUCGAUGACACGCUCCAAGAGCCGCGGCGAUUCGCUAAACCUUUCGGCGCGUAAAUGAUUGUACCCAAAGUGUUCGCAUCAGCUGCAGCGUUGGACUAAUUGCAGGCAAUCGACGGUAGCCACUAGCGCUGCCAGCAGCCAGCCGGCGACCUGCCACAGAUUGCGUGCAACCAGCGGCGCUGCAGAUGCGAACAGUCAUGGCAAGAAGUGCUAUGCCAAUCGACGCUCGACGGCCUUCUAAAGCCGCCACCCAAGAUGACAAUGUCGAGAACGAGGUGGACGAAGGAGAAGAAGCGACUCGACAAGCAACGAACAAUGCGGAGCAUACUCCUCAUGCCAACCAUAUUCUAGCUUACUUAACUAUUCUCACCCCAUGCCGCAAAUGAAAUGCCGUACACUUAUCCACACGCUUCUCUAAGUAGUUUAAGGCGGUGUCUACAGCAGAACUAAUUAUUAAUCUAGCUAAACUAAACUAAAUGAAACGAAUCGAUACUAAUCUUAACUAAGCCGGGUAGGCAAUUGCGUAGUUGCAAUAUUUCGAACACUUGAGCGAGAGCGUAAAAUUUAGCAACCCUUCGAAUUAUGUAUGUAUGAAACAAUCACUUUUGAUUCCAUUGUUUUGUGUUCGUGUAGUUAAUUGUCGUUUUUUGCGUUUCGAUUUUUGAAUGAUAUAUUUUCUAAUGGUUCUUUGCCUUUAGUUUAGUUAAAUUGUUUUUGAUAUCAAUGUGACUUGUUUAACGAUGAGCUUAUAUUUUUACUUGUUAUUGACUAUAUUCAAUAUAUUUGUAUAUAUUUAUAAUUAAGAUCUGCAAUAAUUUUGUCUCCAUAUGACCUUUCCUGAGCUCAUUUUCUUUUUAGCGCAUUUAUAUACAAUUACCAAUACAAUACGAUGUUAGUAAUAAUGAAAGCAACAUAUUCUAUAUAGCUGCGUAUAAGCAAUUGAAGCAUCCUAAGAUUUUCGUGUCUUGGAACUUACUCCCCGAUUAAGUCGCUUCGCACCGUCGCAGUUAAUGUGUAAAUUGUAUUAUUUUGAUGUGAUGUAUUUAUAAUUUCCCUUUAUAUAUGCAUAUAUACAUAUAUAUAUAUAAAUAAAAUUUAUUUUACCGUAUACGUAGCUCAUUACUUAUGAUUUCUUUUGCUUUCUUACCCCGUCCGGAAAGUGCAAUAUAAGUGUUAGGAUUUUUAAGUUGUAUUUAUCAAUGUUGAAGGUUGUGUGACUAUGUUUGUGAGGCGUUUUAAGUACCAUUAACUUAGCACCGAGCCAGAAGUUGGUGUAAAGUCCAAAAACGAAAGAAAGAAAGCAAUAAUUGCAUUAAAUAUUCGAUUUUAUGUUAAGAUACUUUAAUAAUCGUACACAAAGAUGAUUGAGAACGUGCCGAAAUAACGUGGGAAAGUUAAUGAUCAAAUCUGGCACCGGCUAAAGAACGUUUGUACGUAAAACCGUAAACGUAUCCAUCCAUCCAUCCAACCAACCAACAUCCAAAGCACUCCAAAACUGAGUCUGAGAUAAAUUGCAAUUUAAAACACAAUAAGAGCGAUUUACACUUAGAAAACCCAAAAAAACGAAACUGAAACUGAAAUCCAACAGAAAACAGUUGGGGACGUGUCAAAGAUCAAGCCCAACUGGAAGAUCUACAACCAUUCAUCCAGUGUAUACAAGCAUAAAUAUACACCACUUAUAUAUAUAUUAGGUAUAUAUUUUCGAACUGUUUUUCUACUUGCGUAAAAGCGAAAAGCAACUACCAAAAUAUACUUGAAAAUACGUCCAAAAUUUAAAAUCCAAGGUCAAGAUACAACUAUGAUAUAUACUUACAACUGCAUGGAUAUGCAUGAAUAUAAAUAUAAAUUGCAUAUUUACCAAUGAUAAACCUAACUGAGACAGAACUAAUUUAAAUAUUGAAUGCUCCCUGGGGGGAAUCCCGAGUAUUAAUCCCAACCAGGGGCAUUUGUUUGAGUAUGUGUGUGCAUUUUGUAGACGCCGCAAUUCAAAUUCAAAUCGGUUGAGCAUUACAAUUCAGAAUUAAUUUAAUCACAUGAAUGUACAUAGUGAGUGUGGCAUUAUGAACGGCAAAAUCACCCUCAAAUUAACGCAUUUAACUAGCGCAAAAAAUAACUAGUGGUUCAAUUAGAGGUUGAUUGAGUAACGUAGUCGAGUCCCCGAUCGAAAACGAAAGUUAGCCGCAGCCCAGUCAGUUUAUUUGUAAAAUAGAUCGAAAAUCCAUAGUUGUAGGCAGUGUGCAAUGCAAUGAAAAAUUAAGUAGCCGUAGAGAUCGCGAUUGGAACGCCGACAAAUUGAAUCGUACCUUGACGUUAUUAAAGAACUAAUCAUAUUUUUGUGCAAUCUAGUGCAGUUAUCAUGCAAUCAGCCCCGCAAAGGAAAUAGUUUGCCAUUGCAUAUAGCAUCUAGCAUCUAGCCUCUAGCGUAACGGAAUGUUAGGCACACACAUAUUAGCUAUAUGGGAUAUAGGAUCGGAAGGCAGCCUUCGGAAAGAGUUUACUCGUAAGUUUGCGCACUCUUAGAGCUUUUAGCACGGUCAACGAAUAAAUGUUAUUACACCACAAUUAUAGCUCGACUCCAUCAGCCGUUAAAUAAACUAUCCAAGAGUUCAGUCACGAGUUAAUGAAUAAACUAAACCAUAUGAUAGACCUGCUUUAUCAUAGUACACAAACAGACGCACCAAGCAAAAAACACCAUUGUUGAUGAAUUUGGUUCGGUUCGUUCGGUUUGUAAGUACAGAUAUGCCAGUUUAGUUCACUCCACACUAGUAGUUGCAACUGCAGAACAGAACAGAAGAGACUAGAGUGCAGAAUAUAGGUGUCAGCAGCGGAAAGCGUAAAGAUAAUUCUAGUAAUUUACAAUUGUUUUACUCCAAUUUAAGUAUUUUAAUGCAAACACGCCAGAGAAAUUAAACA